CGCUGCUGCUUCUGUGUGCGUGCGCGCGUGUGUGUAUGUUGGUACGCUCGCUCUCAUUGAUGCGUCGGUGUGGACUUGUCGCGGCGGUUUUAGUGUUGGUCCGUCGCUCAUCGGUGUGUUGGUGGCGGCGGCAAGCGGCGUUCACACGUCCCCGUCAUCCACUACUACUCGGACUCGGCUCGCAGUCGAGCGUCGUACGUUGCGCGGCGCGGACGUACGCGACGUUCGCUCAUUCCCAUUCCCAUUACCGUUCUCGUUCUCGUUCGUAUCCCAGUCGCGGUGAUCGUCGUACACGUACACAUUCGAGACGUAGACGCGUUUUGACUUUGUGCAUGCGUCUUCCUACGAAAGUGUCAGUGCCAGACGGAGCGAUUCGCGCGGAAGAGAAGAGAGAGGCGCAGGAAGAGAGUGUGCGGCAGGAAACGCGAGUGCUUUUUCACUGCAGUGCCAAGACAGAUUAACGACGAAGACGCGCGCGCGUCGGAUGGAUUUCAUCGUGCCUACAUUCAUAUCCCGCCGAGGAUCUAGAAUCGCGACGUGCGAUGGAUAUUCCGAGGGAAAUGGAGAUAUUGCACGAAGUGUAAAGUAAUUAACACGCCAGAAAUUACGAAGAUCUUCGAAAAAUAAGUGUGUGUGAAAACGCAAAUCGAAACUUAAGAUAGAUUUGUGCGACAUCGUUUCCCAUUUCCGUAUAGAUUAAUCGAUGAGAAAAUGUACCCGAGCUCGCGAUAAAGUAAUCGCGAUGAAUCGCGUUGUGCUGUGAACAGUGCAUGAAGAGAAGAACGAUCUAAAACUGCGACUGUCGUCAAAUGGAGUCCCUUCUGGAUCACGAGGAUGCGUUCGAGUCUACGAACACAUGGUGAAAUGAUCGUGUGCGUAGUGUAUCGUGGAUGCUGCAGCGAUUUCUAAGAAGCAAUUGCCCAAGACUAAGAUGUACCCCGCGCCGGCGAGACAUCCCGCCGCUCCCGGUGGCGGCGGUAGCGGCGGGGCUGCUGGCGGGCUGAAAUUCACGGUGGCGGACACUUGCGAGAGGAUCAAAGAGGAAUUCAAUUUCAUCCAGCAGCAGUACCAUUCACUGAAGCUUGAGUGCGAAAAGUUGGCCAGCGAGAAGACCGAGAUGCAAAGGCACUACGUUAUGGUAAGGCACUUUUACUACGAAAUGUCAUACGGCCUCAACGUUGAGAUGCACAAGCAGACAGAAAUCGCCAAGAGGCUGAACGCGAUAAUCGCCCAAGUGCUUCCGUUCCUGGCGCAAGAGCAUCAGCAGCAGGUGGCCAACGCUGUGGAGAGGGCGAAGCAAGUCACCAUGUCCGAACUGAACGCCAUUAUCGGGCAACAGCAACAGCAAGGCCUCCAGCAGCUUUUGCAACAAAUUCAUGCGCAGCAACUGCCCCACGGCGCGGUGGUCGGCGGUCUUCCGCCGGGCGGUCUGCUGGGCUUCGCAGGUGCGGCCGCGGCGGCCGCAGCCGCGGGUGUGCCGCCGCACUUGGCGCCGCCGCCGCAUCCCGCGGCCGCAGCUGCGGUUCAGGCACAGGCGCAGGCGCUGCUGAAGCCUGCCGAUCUGCAGCAGCAUCGCGCGGCCGCGGAGACGCCCGAGGAUCGUAAGCCGAUCGCUUUGCCGGACGAGAGACUCGGCCAUCGCUCGGUCUCGCCACCCGAGAAAUUUCGCAGCCGCACACCCGACCUCGAGAGCGACCCCAAGAGGCGGAAGGAGGAGAAGCUAGGACACGAGAGUGAUGCUGAGAAGAGCGAUCAGGAUCUAGUUGUCGAUGUGGCGAACGAGGAGGCGUCAUCUCCGCACGCGAACGGGGAGCACUCGGAUCCACGCGAGAACGGCACUCUGGAGAAGCUGGGCGCACCGGGUCACGUUGGUGGACCAGCAUCAGGCACGGGAUCGGCAUCCGUAAAGGAUAGGCCGCCAUCGCGCAGCGGCAGCUCAUCCGCCCGUAGUACACCGUCUCUGAAAAGUAAAGAUGUCGACAAGCCGGGUACACCUGUGGCGGCGGCGAGGGGCUCGCGCAGUUGUACGCCAACUAUGGGCGGCAUCCCUGGGCCCUUGGCAUCGCGGGUCUAUCAUCCGCCAUCGUCGCAGCAAACGCCACCGCAGGGUUAUCAGGGCUUGCCAUCCCGCGGCAAUGAGCCGCCGCAGUCGCCCUCGCCAUACAGCAACUUGCCAUACGCGAGGCCCUCUAUGCUCGGUUUUGACAGUCACAUGAGGAUAUCUGCGAGUAACGGGUUGAGCAACAUCGCGGGCGGCAAACCGGCAUACUCUUAUCACAUGAAUGGCGAGGGCCAGCUGCAGCCCGUACCAUUUCCCUCGGAUGCUCUAAUCGGACCGGGCAUCCCGCGUCACGCGCGUCAGAUUAAUACUCUAACUCACGGCGAGGUGGUCUGCGCCGUCACCAUCUCGAAUCCAACCAAGUACGUUUACACCGGCGGUAAGGGUUGCGUCAAGGUUUGGGAUAUCGGCCAGAGUGUCGGCAGUGCCAGCGUGAAACCAGUUUCGCAGCUGGACUGUUUGCAGCGUGACAAUUACAUUAGGUCCGUAAAACUUUUGCCUGACGGAAGAACCCUGAUAGUCGGCGGAGAGGCUAGCCAACUGAGCAUCUGGGACUUGGCGAGUCCCACGCCCAGAAUCAAGGCCGAGUUGACUUCGUCAGCGCCCGCCUGCUACGCCCUAGCGAUCUCACCGGACUCCAAGGUCUGCUUCAGCUGCUGCAGUGAUGGCAACAUCGCCGUUUGGGACUUGCAAAAUCAGACGUUGGUCAGGCAAUUCCAGGGCCAUACAGACGGCGCGUCCUGCAUCGACAUCUCCGCCGAUGGGUCCAAACUGUGGACCGGCGGCCUUGACAACACCGUGCGCUCCUGGGAUCUUCGCGAAGGCAGACAGUUGCAGCAGCACGAUUUUACCUCGCAGAUAUUCUCUCUCGGUUAUUGUCCGACCGGGGAGUGGUUGGCCGUCGGGAUGGAAAACUCGAACGUGGAGGUACUCCACGCCACCAAGUCCGACAAAUAUCAGUUGCAUCUGCAUGACUCUUGCGUGCUCUCGUUACGUUUCGCCUCCUGUGGAAAGUGGUUUGUCUCCACCGGCAAGGACAACUUGCUAAAUGCUUGGCGUACGCCAUACGGUGCUUCAAUUUUUCAGUCUAAGGAGUCGUCGUCGGUGCUGAGUUGCGACAUUUCCGCAGAUGACAAGUAUAUUGUGACUGGAUCCGGCGAUAAAAAGGCCACUGUAUACGAAGUGAUUUACUAAGACUAUCCCUUAACAAAGAGAAGAAUUUGUCUCUUGCCUCCUUAAUAGUGUUAAAAUCGAUCGAGAAAACUUUGUUAAUCUCCUGUAUAUCUCUCCUUAGCGCAGGGGGAGCGCAAAAAGUUCCCGAAAGUGGGAUUCUUAGCAGCCUUAGAACCCCCUUAAGACCACGCGACUGGUAAUUGUGUACAUAUACGCAUAUGCGAAUCUAUAACGGAAUUACAAUAGAAAAAUGUGAAAAAUCAAUGUGUGCGUGUGUGCGUGUACGAGUGAGUGCGUAUGAUGAACGAGAGUCAGCGAUGUAUAUUAAUUUCGCGCUACUAUUUGUCGCGUGCAUACAACGAGCUGAACGCGUUAACGACCGUUGGAACGACCUUUAAUAGAGCGGUUCGCAUGCGCAUUAAAGUAAACGAGAGGAGCCUUCGCAAAACGGUGAUGUUAGACAUAUAUGAUUUUGUAGCUACGUAAAUGUAGGAUUAUAACGCGCCUAAAACGAACGGCCGGGCCGGCAUCAUCGAGGUAAAGCAUCGCAAGAUUCAUCUUGUCUAUCCGCGAGAAAUUGCAUUACGCCUUCAGUGAAAACGGACACGGGCGUUCGUCAAGACGUCACUUGAAACUUUUGCAGUCGCUAUAUCUUCAAACGAAUCGUAUCCUUCCUGCUAUUCCUUCUCGAACAACACAAAAAGGACGUUUAAGAGAAAAAAAUUGUUUUUUUUAGAAGCUUGAUUAUAUUGCAUUGACGGACUUAAUUAAUGAGAUUGUUGUCAAUGUCAAAGAUAAUCUUUUACGAGUAUAUCAAUAUUGUUUUGACUUGGUUUGAUAAUUUUUAAUUGCGAUGAAAGAGCUAUAUCGAAUAAUUUGUCAAGCGUGUUAAGCAAGAGGAUGGCACGUCUUGCGCUUUGAAUUGUCAAAAUCGGUGUCAAUUUCACUGUCAUAACUAUUAUUGUUUGGCAUGACAAAUUUGGUUUCAGGCAAAUACUUUUUUGCAUCUCGUAAGCAUAAAGAAUGAUACCUAUUGUGUAAUAAUCGAAUUUCUACGUGAUAUAUGCGUGACGACGCGAAUGGCAGAAUCCCUGUACAGAAUCCUUGUACAUAUUCGACGUUUGUGAUUAUAACGAUUAUAAAACGAAUGCGCAAACACGGCGUACGUCGCCGCGCGCGCGCGCGGAUUCGGACUCUUUAAAUAUACCUAUGUAAAGUACAACCCCGUGCACAAUCGAAACAAAACUAUUUCUCUACUUUAAUUAGGAGACACUAAAAUGCACGGAGAUCAAUAGAGACGGAUGACUUCUUGCAGUUUUUAAAUAUCGAUUUUUUAUAUCGAUAAAAGAAAUAUUAACAUUGUACAAAAAACUAAAAGAUCACGAAGAUCUCUUUAUGUUAAAAAAUAUUUAAUCAAUAAUAUAAUUGGGGCUUUAUCCGAUUGUAUAAAAUACGAUAAGAAGCAUUUUUGUAAAUGCUUCCAUGAAUGAUUUCUGCUUUCGAUUGAUCUUCGUCCUGCGAAAAUUAGCUGAAUGAAAUUCUCGACAGACAGACGAGCGCGAAUUAUAAUGUAUCAUCGAAAUGAUUAAAUUUGUGAAAUUAUACGGUCCUUCAUUCUGUGUCCUUAACGUGAAGUAAUAAAACCAAGUAAAAAUCUUAAGAAAAACGGAUAAUUACUUUAUUAUAGUUUUCGCAGGUCUCGUCUUGCUGGCAAAUUGAGAGUAUUGAUUAAAGAUUGACAAAUAUAUCACAUAUGUAGAGAAAAAUAUGUCAUAUAAUCAAUGAUGACGUAUUCGCAAAUUUCAUGAGGAAAUAAAUAAGAAUCUGUUCCAUUUCUUCCCCAUCACAUUUUUAGCAAUAAUAAUAUGUGACAAUAUUA